AUGGCCACAACACAGACUAAAGGAACUGCAAGCGGUGGCAAAGAGCAGUGCGAGUCGCCGUGUGUGCGAGUAGCGGAGUGUGGCUGGCUAGUGGAGCUGCUGCAUCACGAAAGGCGCCCCGCAGACGUCGCCGAGUUGAUGCGGGGCCUCGUCUGCGGCAGGAGGGAUGGCCACUUGAUCCACCCAGAGGAGCAGCCGCAGACAGACCAAGGACAGCAGCCAAAGCCAGCUGGGCCUGUCAGGCCACAGGACCCGCUGCAGCACCCCAACCUGCGGCUCCUGCCCAUGGACACAUGUGGACAGGACUAUUCUGACCGCAUCACGGACGGUGUCACUCCCAUCAACAGGUACCCAUGGUUGGCACUGCUCUCAUACUCGCUAGACGACGGCCCCCCCGUGUUGCUGUGCGACGGCGCGCUCGUCACCAGGCGCUACGUGCUGACCGUGGCGCAGUGCAUCAUUCACAAGAACCUCAACCGCUACAAGCUGGUGAGUGUACGGCUGGGCGAGUGGGACCAGCGCACAGACGUGGACUGCGACGGCGACUUCUGCGUGCCUCCGGCACAGGACUUCGGAAUCGAGCAGUCCAUUCCGCACCCGGAGUACACCCCUAAGCUCUCCAACGACAUCGCGCUGCUCAGACUUGACCGCGACGCUCCCUAUUCGCCUUUGAUCACACCAAUCUGUUUGCCGGUGGCUCCUGAGAUGAGGCACGCGACAUUCGUUGGGAAGAAUCUUGUUGUGUCUGGAUGGGGUGACACCAGAGAAGGUUAUAUCACCCCAGUGAAGCUGUAUAUACAACAGCCGGUGGUGGACGAGCAGACUUGCCAGCAGAGGUACUCGCGCUGGAACCAGCACAUCAUGCCAUCUCACAUAUGCGCCGGCAGCAAGGAAGGCAACAACUCCUGCUACGGCAGAAGUGGCAGCCCACUCAUGGCCUUCGAGGGCCAACCGCCCAGUGGUUUCCUCAUCGGCGUUGUCUCGUUUGGCCCCACAGCGUGCAUCAAAGUGGACGCUCCCACUGUCUACACCCGUGUCUCGUCCUUCCUCACCUGGAUACUUGACAACAUUAGACCUUAA